AUGACGACGACCAAUUCCCCUUUGCAGGAUGUCAUCAUGGAUGAGAGUAAUCGAGAGACGCCGCCGGUACCGGGGAAAACCGAGGAACCGAAAUUUGGAGGGUUCACAAGAUUUGAAAUUGAACUUGAAUUCAUAAAUUCCAUCUCCUCGCCCUCCUACCUAAACCACCUAGCCUCCCUCUCGUCCGGUACUCUCCUCAGCUCCCCACCCUUCAUCGCCUACCUCAAUUACCUGCAAUACUUCACCCAACCCCCAUAUCUCAAGUUUCUCACCUAUCCCGGACCUAGUCUCAAACACUUGGAACUAUUACAGAAUGAGAACUUUAGGAGGGAUUGCUUGAGUAUGGAGGUAAUGGGUAUGUUAGCGAAUGAGGAUUAUGCGGCCGUGGAGAGGUGGAGUAGGGAGUAG